AUGGCCGAAUCAAAAAGUAUAGUAAAGAUAGUAUUCUUCGCUUUGGUGUUGGAUCUACUAGCAUUUACAAUACCCCUCCCUCUGUUCCCUAGACUCACGGCUUGGUACCUCCAACUGGACUCAUCACCCGACUCUCUGCUUUCCAAAUUAUUAUGGAUGAGUAGAAAAUGGAGAGCCACUUUACUUUCAUUCUCUUCCAACACUCAACUGUCCGAUGUAGGCAAGAAGGAAUGGGAUGUAGUGUUGCUGGGAGGUGCUAUGGGAAGUUUAUUUAGCUUUUGUCAGUGUUUGAUAAGUCCCUGGCUGGGAAGCUUAUCUGAUAAAUAUGGUAGAAAGAAAGUACUGUUAGCUACUAUGAUGGGCAAUAUGUUAUCUGCCUUGAUUUGGAUACAGUCUACCUCAUUUGCCUCAUUCCUCUUGUCCAGAUUGGUGGGAGGAUUGAGCGAAGGUAAUGUCCAGCUAAGCACAGCGAUCAUCAGCGACGUCACGACCCCUUCGACCCGAUCAAAGAGUCUAGCAUUGGUCGGAAUAGCAUUUUCCAUUUGUUUCACUUUAGGUCCAUCUUUAGGGGCAUAUUUCGCUUCGCAACCACCCCCCCUCACUCCCUCUUCCGCUUCUGGAAGUGGAUUGAACAUAUAUGCUUUACCCGCUACGAUUUCCCUAGUACUUCUUUUGGUAGAAACACUUUACCUUGCUGCUAAAUUACCAGAAACCAAAGGAUGGAAGAAAUCCCAAGACAAGUCUGAAGAGGACGAGAAAAAAGAGACGAAAGAUAGCCAGACCGAAUUGACUGCUGAGGAGAGAUUGAGGAAGUUGAGUCUUGUCGGAAGGCUACACGGACUGUUUUUGCUGUUCUUCUCGGGUGCCGAAUUCACUUUGACUUUCCUGACCUACGAUCUAUUCCAAGCUUCCAAUGCUCAAAAUGGACGAUUGCUCUCAUACAUCGGUAUCCUCUCUGCUCUCCUGCAAGCACGCCACGUCCGUCCCUCCCUCUCACGUCUCGGUGAACUUCGCGUCGCCUCGUACGGAAUCCUAUCUUGCGUAUUCGCUCUCUCCCUCCUGUCAAUCUUACCUCUCUCCUCUAUUGUAUCUUCCUCUCGAAUUUCCACAAUAGUAUUGUAUACAUCCGCAACCUGCCUUUCAUAUACUUCCGCGACGGUUGUUACUGGCUUAACAGCCUCAGCGGCCUCCCUAGUGGAUGAACAGCAACGAGGUAAAGCCCUAGGUGGAUUCAGGUCGAAAGGUCAAUUAGGCAGAGCUGUAGGCCCCUUGUUGGCAAGUUCGAUUUAUUGGGUCAAAGGACCUACAGUAGCUUAUGCGACGUUGGCGGGAUGUUUAGUCGUUGUGUAUGGGUUGGCGAGGACGCAGGUUGAUAGUAAAAAGAAGGGUAAGAUAGAGUAA